AUGUGUGCUGCUGUCUUUCCUCGUUUUCUCAAGUUCCUCUACAGCUGCCAUGUACGCCUGAACAUUGGCAAUACUCUUUCCAUGUUAAUUCUCUCUGAUAAAUACAAUGUGGAAGACUUGCGUAAUGUCUGUAUAAAUUUUGCUUGCACCUGCAUUAUCCCACGACUGCAACUGAAAGACGUCUUCCACAUUUGGUUCCAGUACGGCACAAAAUGCUACCAUCAAAAACUGGUCCAUGCUUGUGUACAUGCUUUAGCUGAAAGAAUGGACGACAUCAUGAUGUCAGUCGAAUGGGAACAAGAAUGGGUUAACCUUGACAAGGACCAGCUCAUAGAGUUCUUGAAGAGCUCAGAACUGGCAGUCAAGGAUGAAUAUGAAUUAUGGGAAGCAGUCUUGAAGUGGCUUUUGUCUCCAGAGCAUCCACAGCGAGCAGAGAAUCUUCGUAAGAAUGUCCAAGACCUAAUUUGUCAUAUUCGUUUUCCAAUGAUGACACCUGAUCAACUUUGUCAGGUUGAAAGCAACAAAGUCGUGCAAGAAAUGCCGGACAUUUUCCAACCGUAUUUCAUGCAGGCUUACAAGUACCUUGCCCUCCCACUGACCAGCAGAGCCAUGAUCAAGGAAUUCACAUCUUCUAGUUUCUUGUUGCGUAACUACACUGACCUUCGCUGGGACAAACGGCUAGUGAUUCAGCGAUAUGCAGAUUGUCAGAAGUGCGCUGAGGUCAGUUUUCGAUUCUCAACACGGGCAUCAACUUUUCCUGCCCAGACUUGGGAGUGGGAGCUCAAGGUGCAUCCAAAGGGAUUUUCAUCUACAUGUGAUGAUUUUCGAGCUGUGCUUUAUUCAAAUCUCAUUCUUGAUCAGCCACGACCAGUGGAGUACUUGCUCUCUCUCGUGGACAGGGAGAAGAUACUGCAUUCUGUAAGUGGCAAGAAGAAUUUCUCCAAGACCCGAUACACAACCGACACAGAAAUUGAUAAGAAAGUGUCUCUCAGUGAUCUAUGCCAGCAAAAUUCACCGCUACUUGUUGGUGAGAGCCUUGUCCUGCAAAUUGUCCUCAGGCCAGUUGGUUAA